AUUCAAAUGCACUUUCGAAAUGCACUUCAGUUUAUUCCGUCUCUUUGCUUAAUUUAAUCGCAUUCGAAAUAUGCAGCGUGUGUGAGAAGAGUCUGUGAUAAUUUCAAACCCACUCGAUAUCAAAGCUGGAUUAUAUUUCAUUUUCCUUCGCAUACACAUACACACUUACGGUUGUAAUUACGAAAACUUAAAAGAGCUCGUUCAAUUAGGUUUGGAACAGGACGAAGCGAAACGAAACGACAUCGCUUAUAUCAAACAAAAUAUAAGUUAUACAGAUGUGAAGGUUGUCCUUGAAUGCAACGCAACCGCUUAAUAAAUUGAGUUUAUUGGACCCGUGUGAUCGAAAAAAAGAGAGAAAGAAUCAUGUUCAAGAAAGUCGCUCACAUUUUCACCGAAUACAAAAUACUACGCGGGAUGGUAUCGUAUGCAGUACUGUGGCCGGUCGGUAGUUUGAUCGAACAGACGUUGGUGGAAAAACGCAACUGGCAAACAUACAAUUGGAAUAAGUGUUUGAGAUUUGGCUUAUAUGGAGCCUGCAUAAUGGGUCCGGUCAUGUACGUAUGGGUUCGAACCGCAGCUCGCAUUUGGCCACGAUCGGAUUUUCGGUCAUCGCUGUCAAAAGCAAUCACCGAGCAAUUUACAGUGGAUCCCACGUUAAUAUGCACGUUUUUGUUUGUGAUGUCGUUGCUUGAGCAAAAAACAAUUGCCGAAGCCAACGCCGAAGUUCGCGGUAAAUUCGUCGACACAUACAAAGUUGGAGCAAUAUAUUGGCCGACUGUGCAAACGAUCAAUUUUACAUUCGUACCGCUUCAUAACCAAGUCGUUUGCACGAGUUUUUUCAGUAUGAUAUGGAGCGCAUUCUUGGCAUACGAAAAGCAUUUGAAACGGAAACAGCAAACAAGCGAAUAGUGGACAAUAGCGCGCAAUUCAAUGUGUGAUUCAAUAGGGUUCAGAAUGUGUCUUUGGGACGUGGACAUAAUUAGAAAUUAAUUAGCAGAGAGCGAAUAAUUAAAGCUGAAACUUCAAACAACGUUGCUGCCAUUCAUUAUUAUGUCGAUAUCGAUAAUUAGGGGCAAUUGACGUCGACGUCGACAAUGACGAGUGGGGGGCAACUAUUCAUCGCUUCUCUUUAAAUUUGUUUUUUGUUCUUCUUUUUUGUCCCGUAAAUUUAAUUGUAUUUUAUUGCCAGGCGAUCAAAAACACUAAAAAAAUAAUUCAUAA